CACAAUAUUGUUAAUCUUGUUAGAAAGGAAAUAACAUUUUCAUGAACUCCAAAAUUCCUAUGUAAUUGUUUAUUGUUUGGAACACGAACUUCAAUCACUAAACGAAUCCCGCCAAAGUUCUGCAACUCUUAUUAAUCACUCUACGCCUACGGCGAUCCCUUUCCUCCCCUACCAAGAAAACACAUAUAGUCGCACCACCGCAGUCCCAGUACUAGAAACGAGAGACUUUUCUUGUCUUCACAUCACAUUCUUUUUGUCUUCACGUACCUUUUGUUAGGUUUUGAUUUUUGAUUGGCAGUUCGUUAUGAUUUCUUGGGGUUGAAAUCUGGAAUCUAAGAAAAACAGAGGAAGCUGCGAUGUGGGUAUCCAAGACACAUUCAAUCUGAAGGUGGGCUUCAUUUCAAGGGGGCGGAGGCAUUGAGGUUGGAGAGGUUUCACAACUCGCGAUAUGGACUUGUUGAAGAAUUUUCAUAAUGGAUCUAAGAUUCCCUUUCAUUGCGCGUUGCAUGAUAUGGGUUUUCUGAGAAAAUUACAAUUGCAUGUGGGUUUUGGAGUUGCAGAGAUUUCGUUGCUCUUGAAAUGAUAUUUUUUUCCCUGACGGCUGGCGAUGGGAUUUGGCAAUUGGUGAUUUAGGUUGGCGAGAAUGUUCAAGGGAAUUAUUUGAUUAGGGUUUAGAAGUAGCUGAUAAGAAGCAAACCAUCAAAGAAGUUUUGAGGAGAGGAUUGGAUUUUCAAAGCGGGAUUUGGAACGGAAAAAGUUGGUUGAUUCUGAGUGGGACUUUUCUGUUACAUGUUAUUUGUUUGGUUAUCCUUUCUCUGAAAAUGUCGAGCGGAACACCAGUUUCGAGUGGAUUAUUGAGGCGGCACAGUCAAGGGUAUGCUUCCAGUGGUGAUGACCUUGAGGAUGAUGCAUGCUCAAGAACACCAUCUUCAACUCCACUUCCAACGGCUCGGACGUGGGUUGAAGUUCUAGAGAAUGUUCUUUGGAUUGCCUCUGCGGCUUUUAUUGUCUAUUUUGGUGAUCGGGAAUCCAAUCUAAUAUACCUGUUGUGGAGAGAUGAUAGGAUCAAGAGGAUACCCUUGUACCUUGGGUUGGCAUGCAUUUUUUUGAAUUUUGGGGUUUUCGUUUAUGCAAGUCUUUCAGCAUGGGGCAUCAAGAAAUCUGAAGACAAAUGGGAAGUGAUGACUCCAGCAGCUGCUCCUUUUGUUGCUAUACUUGGACUCUCCUCGUUUUGCUUGUUGUCUUUUGCUUUAUGGCCAAUUUGGAGUUUCUUGACCCUCCCUCUUUUGUUCACCUUGUAUAUGGCUUGUGUAGUCAUAUCGCCCUAUUUGACAAUUGGAGGAUUCAAGCAACAAACCUGUGUGCUUCGUACAGAUUAAGUCUUCUGCUUGCAAUUCAGAUCCUGUGGUGGUAUCCACUUAUGUAGAGAGAUUGUCUCUGCAAUUCAGACCCAUGAUUAAAAGAGUCGUUCUCUAUAUUGGUGCUUGCAUUGCCAUGAUUACCAGAGCUGUACUGGUUUGUUUAAAUCCAGACUUUUCACCCAAAAUAACUGCUAACAACCUGCUGCUGAUUAGACUUUUGAAGGUACAUCUUUGGGUUUCUGUAAGUUCUAUACCCAAAUUUCAAGAGCACCAAAGUGAUACAAUUUUUUAUGGGGAAUGGAAUGGUGAUUUAGUCAUGCAUACAUGUGGAGGUUUUUGGACGACCAGUUUUGCACACCAUGCUCCAUCCGUAUCAUCUGAUGCAGUGUCUUCUCAUGUCAAGAGUUGAAUUUAUCUUGAGGGUUCCUACAGUUAUGAAAACGAGCUGCUUUUUCUUGUCUGUCUACUUAAUCAAGAGUAUCAAUAUGACUUACUUUUGCUCCCAUGAUAAAGUGGGAAUGGACCAUGAUGUUGAGAUUUUACCAACUUGA